AUGAAAAAAAGACCCUGCCUUAUUUGUAGAUUUCCUACUGAUGCUGAUUCAGCUUCAAUUUUCGAACUGGGUGAUGGGAAUGAAUCCCUUCAACCCAGAAUCCCUGAAGCUCCAAUUUUCGAGCUAAGUGAUGUGGCUAGACCCCUUCAACCCAGAAUCUAUGAAGCUCCGGUUUCUGAGUCAGAUGAUGAGGAUAUAGGUCUAGGUCUAUUUGGGGAUUAG